GAACCUCUCCCGAAGCUUUUCAUCUCCUCUAUCUUUCUUUUUAAACCCUGUCGUCAUAAUGCCCGAGCUCCCUCAGGUCCACCCCGAAGUCACAUGGGCUCAACGCUCCUCUGCGUCUGAUGCCGAGCGUAACUACCUCUACGUGAACAUCAAGGCUCCUGAUGUUCCCCGAUCUGAUGCGACACUCAACAUCACCGCCACCAAUGUCUCCUUCUCUGGUCCGUCUAAGAAGGGUGUACAAUACCAGGUUUCCCUCGACCUGUUCGGUGAGAUUGAGCCCGAGAACAGCAAAGUCAACCACAGUGACCGGGAGGUCGAACUUGUCCUGCGCAAGAAGGAACUCAAGGAGGAGUUCUGGCCCCGCCUCUUGAAGACCACUCAAAAGAUCCACUUCCUCAAGACCGACUUUGACAAGUGGGUCGACGAGGAUGAACAGGAUGAAGCCCAGGAUGAAGACUACGCGAACAACUUUGGCGGAUUCGAUGGCCUUGACCAGGGUGGUCUAGGAAACAUUGAUUUCUCCAAGCUUGGUGCUGGACUUGGUGCCCAAGGUGGAGCUGGAGGCGCUGAGGAAGGGGAGUCGGACGACGAGGAAAUGCCGGAACUUGAAGAGGCCGACCAGAAGGGGGACAAGAUCCAAGAGGUGGCUUAAAAAGUCCUAGUGGUUUUAUCCACGUGCGAUGAAAUUAGAGUCAGGGGAGAGUCUGAGUUGAAGGUGAAGGGACCCCCAAUAAAUAUAAUGGAAGAGCAUUGCCGAUUAUCUUAAUCGUGCGGUACUCAGUUAACCUCUAGUAAUCUGAUCAGCC